AUGGAGAACAAGGCUCUCCCUUUAGCCAUCCUAAUAGCAUUACUAGUUGGUGUAAUAACAAUAAUCUUCAAAUGGGUGGUCUACAAGAAACGGAGGACACUCCCUCCAGGGCCAACUGGCUUGCCCAUCUUUGGGUGCCUACUGCAAAUGCUUCUUAACAAGCCAACCUUCCGUUGGAUUCACCGUUUGAUGGAUGAUAUGAACACCGAGAUUGCUUGUAUCCGUCUUGGUGGGACUCAUGUCAUUCCUGUCACUUCUCCUGAACUUGCACGAGAGUUCUUGAAGAAUCAGGACAGUACAUUCGCAUCAAGACCUGAUUGCAUGUCGGGAAGAUUGAGUAGCAAUGGGUACUUGACUGCGGCACUAACACCUAAGGGUGAUCAAUGGAAGAAAAUGAGAAAAGUUCUUACUUCAGAUGUUUUUUCACCAGCAAAGCACCGUUGGCUUCACGACAAAAGAAUGGUGGAAACUGAUAAUCUUGUUCGUUAUGUCUAUAAUCAGUGCAAUAAUUCUUUGGAAGGUGUUGGUUUGGUGAAUGUACGAAUCGCAGCACAACAUUACUGUGGCAACGUUAUCAGGAGAUUGAUAUUCAGCAAAAAGUACUUCGGAAAUGGUAAGGAAGAUGGAGGGCCAGGUCCUGAAGAGGAAGAACAUGUUUCUGCGUUCUUUACAAUUCUUUCUUCUCUCUACGGGUUCAGCAUUGCAGAUUAUAUUCCAUGGUUCGAGAUUUUUGAUUUUGACGGUUAUAAAGGGAUCCUCAAGAAAGCUAUCGAGAGUGUAACUAAAUUUCAUGAUCCCGAAAUAGACAAUCGGAUUCAGAUGUGGAAAAAGGGGAUGAUAGUGAUCGAAGAGGACAUUCUUGAUGUCCUGAUCAACCUCAAGGAUUCAAAAGGUGCUCCACUUUUGACGAUUGAAGAGAUCAAAGCGCAAAUUAUUGUAAGAAUGCCUCCUCAAAUCUCCCACCCUCUUCAGCUCUUUCUAUUUCUAGUAUCCUAG